AUGCGUGUGAGGUCAGCCUCACUAUUAAUUGCUAUCUUCCGUGGUGAAUUUACCUUACAUUUGGAAGACUUGUCUCUAAAUUCCAUCAAAAACUUCUGUGAAGGAUGUGCAAAGCCUCCAACUGCAAUCAGUCAAUUCCACAUCCUUUUCUUUGAAUCUGUCUGAAUGUUCUUUCUUGGGGUGUUAGGCUUUGUGGUCUAUGGAAAUGAAGCUUUGCACUUGAGUUGUGAUCCAGACAAGAGGAAAAUAAACCUCUUUUGUUACAACCAGUUCAGGCCAAUCACUCCACAAGUGUUCUUGGUUUUACAACUAGUGACUGUCCUGUUUGUUGGUGCUACUUUCCAUUUUAAUGCUGCAUGAAAAAACAUCAGUCAAGAAUGUGUUCUUCAAAAGCCCAUCUACACUGUAAUUUAUAUCCUGUCUGUUUUAUUAAGAAUUAGUCUAGAGGUGAUAUCAUUUUGGCUUCAGAUUCAUCUUUUUGAUUUCCAAGUCCAGCCUCUCUGCCUAUGUGAUGCUGGAUCUCUUGGGGAAAAACUAAUUAUAAAAUGCAUGGUGCCAGAACAGUUUGAGAAGACCAUCUUUCUCAUUGCAAUGUAUACAUUUACUGUAAUUACAAUGAUAUUAUGUGCUGUCGUGAUUUUUGACAUCCUAUUUAAAAGAGUAUGCUUUCUAACUAGGCAAUGA